AGAGGAUGACCUCGCUGGUACCGUGGCGGGGCGGAGGGUUGGACCACUGGAUUGGGUCACCCUUUUCUUCAGAAUUAUGGGACCCUUUAGGGUUUGGGUCGAGGGACUGGAGGCGAGGCCGAGACGACGAUGUCUCAGCCGUUGCUCUUGCAAGCGUGGACUGGCGUGAAACCGAUAACGCACACACCAUUCGCGCUGAUCUUCCUGGUGUUCGAAAAGAGGACGUAAAGGUGCAAGUGGAGGACAGCAACAUACUACAAAUCAGCGGUGAGAAGACCAAGGAGAACGAGGAGAGCGGGGAGCGAUGGCACCGCAUAGAGAGGCAGAGAGGCAGCUUCUUGAGGAGGUUCAGGUUGCCGGAAAAUGCAAACACGGAGGGGAUCAACUGUGCGCUGGAGAACGGAGUGUUGACUGUGACAGUGCCUAAGAAAGAGGCGACGAGUACUAGAAGCGAUGUUAAACAGAUAGAUAUAGCCUAGAUUGGCAUAUGUACUUUGUAUGAGUGUGGUGAAGUUACUGAUAGCAAGGUGGUGGUGAGGGUACUGGAGGUGAUUGUAUGAUCUAUAAUUGUGUGAUGUAUAAUUAGGGGUGGGUUUGGGGGCUGGGAAUGAAUGUAAUAAGGGUUUUAUGUAAGAAAAGAGAAGUAAAAUAAUUGAAUAAAUAAA